AUGUCUGGCUCACACACGCCGUCCACUGAGCCAGCAGCACAAGCUGAAGCUGGCUCCAAAGCCUCCUCACCAGCCCCCGAGUCCCCCAAGCCCCUCGCCGCCGCCGCCGCCGCCGCCGCCGUAGAUACUAGUAAUGAUACCACCACCACCACCACCUCCUCCUCCUCCUCCUCCAUAACCAACGAGCCCGAUAAGGCAUCCCAAGACGCCGCCCUCGCCGCCCAGCAGACCUCGCGCGAAAGCAGCCGCGAGGAAGGCGAGGAAGACUCCUCCGAAGAAGAAGGCGAGGAGCCCGAGCCCCCCCCAGAAGCCACCAGCUCGCAGCCCCCACUGCCCCCCGAAGCCCCCCCGACAGAGGCCGAGGACAGCGACGGCUGGCAGCCCAUCUGGGACGGCACCUACCAGGCCUACUACUUCUACAACUCGCACACCAACGAGACGACGUGGACAAACCCGCGCGUGCCGGAGGCGACGCUGGCGACGGCUGUUGCUGGCGACCCGCCCCUGCCGCUCGAGGACGAGCCGGACCCGAACCUGACGUACAAUCCCGCCAUCCACGGCGACUACGACCCCACGGCUCCGUAUGCGCAGGUGCAGAAUGCCGCCGGUGCCCAGGGCGACGAGUAUGUGGCGCGUGGGGCGUUCAAUCGCUUCACGGGUAAAUUCCAGCCGGCGGCGUCGAGGCGCGUGCCCGAGAACUAUAAUGACGAGAACAAGUCGCGGCGGCAGAUGGAGUUUUAUUUCGAUGUUGAUGCGGCGGCGAGCACGCAUGAUGGGCGCAGCCUGAAGGCGGAGAGGCAGACGAGGAAGCUGUCGAGGAAGGAGGUGAGGGAGUUCCAGGAGAAGCGCAAGGCCAGGAAGGAGGAAAAGCGGAAGGCGUGGUUGAGAGACUAA